CCGUGUUGAAGAUGGGAAAUCUCACUCUUGUGGCCGUCAUAGCAGUUCUCUUCACGCUGUUCACUGAAACCGAAGCAAGUGCAUUUGUUUAUAACUAUGAAAGGCUUCGAAUCGUAGGACUGGUCUUUUCAGGCCUUUUGUUUAUCGGAGGUCUCUGUGUCUUACUGCACAACAAGUGCAGCCGGAAGCCCAAGAAAGAAGAUGACAGCAGUGAAAUCUGAUAUGGAACCUGACGAACCAGUUUUCUUGUCGAAGAACAGCAGACAGGCAAUGGGUGGAGAUAAAGGGCGGGUGGGAGAUUUGAAGGAAGCCAUGCCAUCUUAGAGAAACCUGCACAUACGACCCCCCAAAAAGAAAUGGUAAAGAAGUAGUCCAGUUACUUAUUUGUUUUGAAGGUAUAUUACUUAUAAAAUCUUCCAUGAUCCAUGCCUUGUUCAACCAUGGAAGUUAUAUACCUAUAUCUACAAAAGCCAUUUCAUAUUAGUUACUCUAUUUAGUCUAUUAUAAACACAGAGAAGCUUGAUGUUUGGUCAUUAUUGUUGCUCUAUGUUUGUAGGGUAAAGUUAGAUGUUACCUAUGGUUAAACAUUUCAAUCAUACAAACAUGUUCCAAAAACAUUUGGUAGAUGCUGUGGAAUCAAUUAAACCCGAGUUGGAAACA